AUGUCAUUGAAUACAACUUUAUACACUAUCUCGGCAUUGCUAAUACUAGACAAUGAGGGAAACAGGUUGUUUGCAAAAUACUAUACUUCGUCUUUAGAUGAACAACCACAACAUAAAGAGUCAGGAUCUAGUAAGUCAAAGACAAAAUCGUCAACUGCGUCAACUUCUGCAUCAUCUCCGGCUCCUACAUCACACUCGCCAUCUACACAAAAGCAACAGCAACAACAGCAGCAGCAGCAACAACAACUGAAACAACAACAACAACAACUCAAAUCAGAAAAGACUUUAUUUUCCAAAAUUAACAAAGUCAACCAGGAUAUCUUGCUUUAUGACAAUCAAAUCAUUGUAUAUAAGCAGAUCAAUGAUGUUAGUAUUAUAAUCACUUCACCAAUCAACGAAAACGAAUGUCUCAUAUAUUCUACAUUGAACAACUUGAUUGAAGCAUUGACGAUUUUGCUCAACAGCACUGUGGAUAAGCAAACGAUUAUCAAUAAUUACGAUUUGGUGAGUUUGGCAAUUGACGAGACAAUUGACGAUGGUAUUAUUAUUGAGUAUGACCCAGCGACUAUUGUGAGUCGUGUCACGAAUGCUCCGGUAAACAACCCAACUGUUGUUGACUUAAAGAAUAUCGACAUAAGUGAAAAAGGAUUGUUUAAUGCAUUGAGUUUUGCUGGUAAAAAGUUGGGAGAGAGGUUGCAACAAGGUUUGUAA